AUGCAAAUGGCGAUCGAUGGUGGAUUGGUUGCACCCGAGACUUUUAAUCGUUCAAUAUCAGAUUCGAUAGGACGUCCAGAUCUCGGACGAUCUUCUAAUGACAUGUCACCUUCACGAAAUCUUUUAAACCAAUCACGACACGUUCGAUCAGCAACAACAUCUUCACCAAGUGCAGCACAUAUAUUGCGGGCAGCAGCACUUGCAUUUAUUGUUAAAUCAUCAUCCAUUAGUAAAUAUCCACCUUUGUCAAUAUGGCAUUUACCAUCAAUCUUUUUUUCUUCUAUUCUUACAAAAUUAAAUAUCAAUGUACGACGUAUACAUGAUUGUUUUCAUUUACUUGAUGGUCGUCUUAAACAAUUGAAAAUACUCAUUGUUGAAGUUGGGUAUAUCGACAAUAAUUUACAGAUUAUUCAUAAUACCAAUGAGCUACCUAACUUGAAAUCUUUUUCAUUAACAUAUUAUUAUGAAACUAAUGCAUAUGACAAUCAGGUGAUACCUCUACUUCGUCGUAUGACACAUUUGGAAAAAUUAACUUUGUAUAUUCGUAUUGAUGAUCGAUCUAGAUUUGUUGAUGGUACUAAUCUCCAUAAGAAUAUUCUUAUUCAUAUGCCACGACUUCAUACAUUCACUUUUUAUAUUUCUACUGAUAUUCAAUUCGAUGAUUCAGUUGAUCAUCUAUCUGAUAAUGAUAUUCAACAAACGGCAGUAUGUAAUGUUUUCUCACUUCCAUUCACAUUUAAUCGUCUCGAAAAGAUUUCCAAUAAAUUUCCAAAUAUAAUAUUCAAUACUGUUACUUAUCUGAUAGUAGGUGAUGUUAUUCCAUUCAAAUAUGAAUUCUUCAUUCAAAUUGCCAAAGCUUUUCCAUCAUUAAAGGAUUUAUGUAUUAUCAAUGUUACUUCACCAUUAUUGAAUUUUGAUUCAUAUACAGCUGAUAAUAUUGAUUCAUGUUCAUCUAUUCAAUAUCUGAAUCUUACUUCACUUACUGUUAAUUAUGUUGAUAAUUAUUAUAUUGAACAAUUUUUAGUUGAUACAAAGACAUAUGCACCUCAUUUAACUGAAAUCAAAGUACAUUUUGAUCGACUGCAAGCUGUAACAGAGAAUUUUACAAGAGAUGCAACACGAUACAAUUGUCGCAAUAUAAAACGAUUCAUUUUUGAAAAGACAAUUAAUUAUUCAAACGAAUUGUAUCUCUAUUUUCCUUCACUUCUAGAUUGA